AACACGCGAGUCACACGCACACUGUGCGCCGAGUACAUUAUACUGCGCGCCGCUUUUGCGGAAAACAACGACCCUGGUCGGUCGGCCGACGUAAAUUUCGUUAUUGAGGAAUAACAAUGCAGCAGCAGCACCACUAUUAUCACUGCUCGCCCCGGCAGCGCCAGUCGAGACUUACACGCGUGUACGUUUAAGCGCGGGAUUUAUAUUUACACAUUGAGUGGAAUUGAAACUCGCCCGGUGCGGCCUAGUGUACGAAACAGGAAAUACACUCGCCGAGCAACGCUUUGCUCUCUCCGAGCGAACCCUUUCGAGACACGCUGUGUGUUAGGUGCCCACCCAUGUCGCGGUGAAGAGACGCAGCCUGCAGACACCAAAGAAAGCUGAACGAGGAUGGAGCAGUUCGAGCAGCUGCUGACUUGUGCCAUCUGCCUUGACCGAUAUCGGAUCCCCAAGCUGCUGCCAUGCCAGCACUCGUUCUGCAUGGAGCCGUGCAUGGACGGCCUGGUCGACUACGUCAGGAGACAGGUGAAGUGUCCAGAAUGCCGCGCCGAGCACCGCAUUCCCUACCAGGGCGUGCAGGGCUUCCCGACCAACGUCACCCUGCAGAGGUUCCUCGAAUUGCACAUCGAGAUCACGGGCGAGCUGCCCGACCCGAACAGCAACCAGAUCAUGGAGCGGUGCAACGUGUGCUCGGAAAAGGCGUACUGCUCGCUCUGCACGCACUGCGAGAAGAAAAUCUGCGCCGACUGCAAGGAGGCGCACAUGGACAUCUUGCGCCGCGAGAUUUCGCGAAUUAACAACCAAAUUCGCCGCGGUCUGCCCAGAGUACAAGACGCCAUCGGCAUUGUGGAGAAGAACGCUCAAGGCUUAGCCCUGAACUGCGCGUCAGUCGAGGGAGAAAUCGACGAGAUCCACAGACGCCUGACCAAGGCACUAAAAGAUCGCACCGACUACUUGAAAAACGAGAUAGACCGUUAUCUGACGACGGAGGCGCGCAACUUGACCACGCUUAAAAGCCAGCUGGAGCAAGAGCUGUCCAAUAUCCAGGCAAACUGCGAGCUCGCCGAUAAGCACAUGACGGAAAGUGUUGAGUGGGACGACUGCGAGCUGAUGGACACCAAAGAUAUUUUCCUUAAGACUGUCGAUUUCAUUCGCAAUUUCGAAUACGAGCAGAGCGACUACACGCGCCGCGCCAGGUUCAUCAUGUCGCACGACCCCAACACUCUGGUGGUCAACGUGGGCAACUACGGCGAGCUGGCCAUCAACAUGCCCCAGCCCUUUGGCGUGAUGGGCUCCGGAACCAACACAAGCGCCAGCACUGGCAGCCUGCAGCCUCCGUCCGGUCCAGGGCUGAUGAGGAGCAAGAGCGACCACCGACUUGCCAGUCAGUUCAGGCAACAGGAGGAGCAGUACUAUUCAAGGGGAGGUGGCACCGACCCUGACGAUGCCCUGAAUGGACGGAAGUUCGGCGAGCGACCUCAGGGUGGCAACAACAGGUACGGCCGAAGGGACGAUUUUGACGAAGACUCGGAGAGCCGAAGACCGUCCCGCUACAGGUCGCGCUUCACCAGACACCUGGACAACCCGGAUGACGAAACCGAGACGUCCGGUCGGUCUGUGCGUUUCUGUGAGGAGUCUCCGUCCCAAACGCACAUUCCGCGGAAAGAGCGCGAAAGGGUGUUGGACACCGAGGACGUGUCCAAGGGCCCUCUCAGUGGCAUCACGCGUCUGUACGACUCGCCCAGGGUCAUGAAACGCCUCCAAGAGACUGAACAGAAGGACAAGAAGUCCAAGGAGCCCAAACCGGUCACCCCUGUCGUGCCGGCCGUUGGCGCAAAACCACCGGUGGCGGGGCAGCCCGCGAAGAAGACGUCGCGGCAGGUCAGCGAGGAGGACGAGAUCGCCAAGAUCAAGAAACAGAACAAGGCUGAAGCUUCUACUACAUCCGCCGGAGCAGCUGCGGUUCCCGAGACACGCACCACCUCUGUGGACAGAGCGCCAGAAGAGCCAGCGAGGAGAUCUAGCGAGGUGUUGCAGGUGACGGCGUCCAGCGACGCAGAGGAGUCUGAGGAAGAGGAGGAGACGACGAGCCCUGUGAAAGCCGAGACGGCGGCCACGACGAACAACGCGUCCGACGACGAGUCCGAGUCGGAAAGCGACCGACCUUCCACCACGGCAGCAUCCAGCACACCCGCCGCCCCGGCCGCGACGGAAAAGCCCAAAUUCCAAAGCAGAUUCCUGAAUACCACUCGGUCCUCGACUCCCGCUGCGCCCGAGCCGAAAAAAGAAAGCUCUGAGUCCGAGUCUGAGGAGGAAAGUGAGUCCGAGGAAGAGUCCGAGGACGAAACUGCCUCCACGGCGCAGGCCAAGGGAUCGAGCAUUAACUCGCUGCUGGCGAGAAGUGCUCAGGCCAGAGAGUCUGCUUCGACGCGAACCCCAGCCGCGAACGACAGUUCGUACAUGGGGGGUAGGCGUGCGUACAAUGCUGGACGCGAAGAGCAAGCCAACAAGUACGGCCGCAAGCAAGAGGACGAGACGCCGUCGUCGCGGUACGGCACCUCCGGCUACACGAGCAGAUUCCUGAACCGCAGCAAGAGCACCGCGGCCAUCUCGCCAGAGGACGAGGACAGCUCUUCGACGGCCUCCAGGAAGUACUCGACCGAGGACAAGUACGGAACAGGGCGAUCCAGGUAUGGAACGUCGGGUGUAGGCUCAAAUUCGACGAGCGCCCUCGGCGGCACCUCCGAACUGUCCCGCAGCAGGUCGACGCACGCACUCAAGUCGAGGGAGAACUCGCCGGAGCGGUCGGGCGCCGCGGGUGGCGCGACCAACGGCGAAAAGGACGGCGCGGCCCUGAGCUCGUGGGCCCGGUACCUCAAGAACAAGUACGGCAACCGGGCCAAGGAAAAAGAAGGCGGCGGCGGCACGGCUGCUGGAUCGGGUGCCGGCGCCUCGUCAGUCGGAAGCACGGCCGGCUCGGCGGCGUCGCGGCGCCUCUCGCUCGGCCUGCCCCUGCGUAACGCCAGCCUAGAUCAAACUUCAGACGACGACCAAAAAAACACGCCUACCUCCCCCACUUCUCCUACAGUGGCAGCCGGUUUCGCAAAUAUCCCUAGAAACCAGUACCUGCAGAAGAGACGGCAACAAUUUAAGAUCGGAAGUCGGGGGAGCGAGCCUGGAUGUUUCACUUGGCCGCGCGGGAUUGCCGUCGGUCCGGACAACACGAUUGUCGUGGCCGACUCGAGCAACCACAGAGUCCAAUUGUUUGACUCAAACGGAAUCUUCGUCAAGGAGUUCGGCGCCUACGGAAGCGCCGAGGGCGAGUUUGACUGCCUGGCCGGCGUUGCGGUCAACAGGAUAGGGCAGUUCAUCAUCGCCGACCGCUACAACCACCGCAUUCAGGUGCUCGACCCGUCCGGACGCUUCCUCAGGGCGUUCGGCAGCCAGGGCACCACCGACGGAAGAUUCAACUACCCCUGGGGCGUGACCACCGACGCCCUCGGGUUCAUCUACGUCUGUGACAAAGAGAAUCACAGAGUUCAAGUUUUUCAAUCAGACGGCACUUUUGUCGGCAAGUUCGGUAGCCCCGGGAACAAGCCCGGCCAGCUGGAGCACCCGCACUACAUCGCCGUUAGCAAUACUAACCGCGUCAUAGUGUCCGAUUCGAAUAAUCAUCGUAUCCAAAUAUUUGACGUCAACGGAAGGGUCUUGUCAACAUUCGGCACCGAAGGCUCCGAGGAGGGCCAGUUCAAGUUCCCGAGAGGAGUGGCGGUGGACGACCAGGGCUACAUCUGCGUCGGGGACUCGGGCAACAACCGCAUUCAGAUCUUCUACCCGGACGGGACGUUCCUUCGAGCGUUCGGGUGCUGGGGCUCCGGGGACGGCGAGUUCAAGGGGCUGGAGGGAGUGGCAGUGAUGUCGAACGGCAACAUCCUGGUGUGCGACCGAGAGAAUCAUCGAAUCCAGGUCUUCUAAACAGACCGUCACCUGGACGAGUGUUCGUGGCAGAAACGAACGGAAUCGGCAGCGCACCGACGUCCUCCCUGGCCAAACGACGCGGCUUAACAAUAGGUCAAAGGCUCCAGCUGGACCACGCUUUCAGAUCGCAAUCCAAGCAC